AUGAACUCAGUUGAGUAUCUUAAGAAGUUUGGCUGGAAGGAAGGAGAAGCAUUAAAAGAAGGCGGACUUAAACGCCCUAUCUUGGUUAAACACAAGUAUGAUUAUAAAGGUGUUGGACAAGAUGCAAAUGACGGUGUUGCUUGGUGGGAAAGAUUGUUUGAUGGGCAGCUUAAGGCAUUAGAUGUCAAUGGGGGCGGAAUAGAUCAGGUGGCUGCAGGUAAAAAGAACACUGGAAUUCCAACAAUGUUCAAUCCUAAUGCUAGUAAAGUCAAAGCUAGCGGAAUUGAUAAGUCGGAAUCGCCAUUAUAUCGAAUGUUUGUGUUUGGAGAAAUUCUACAAGGUACGAUCGGCAAUCAUGCAGAGCCUCCUAAGGUGGAAAAGAUUUUGACACCACAGAAAAAUGCAAAGUCGGAUGUAAGUCUUGUUUCCUCAGAUGACCGAUUAGUGAUUUUCGAUGUGUCGUCUGAUAAUGAUGAGGAACACAAGCAUGAGCACGGACACAGGCACAAGCAUAAGUCUGGACACAAGAAAAGUCAUAAGCAUAGACACAAUCACAGUUCUGAUGAGGAUAAGGACAAGAUACAAUCACAUAGCGAUGAAAAACCCAAUAGUCACAGUCACAAACAUAAUCACAAGCAUAAGCACAAACAUGAAAACGUCAAGGUUACGAUGGAGGGGAAAGAGGCCGGAGUUCUGAUUGGCGGAAAAAAGGAGAAUCAAAUGUUUUUCCCGGAUAUCGGAGGAAAAAUGAUAAACGAUAGCAGACACCAUAAUAGACAUUCCCACAAUUCAGGAACACACAAGAAAAGAAAACAUAGCCACAAAAAUAAGCAGAGUGGAGACACUGGUGGUCACCGCUCAAAGAAGAGAAAGACAGAGUAA